UUAGGAAUAUUAAUAUGAGAGUGUAAUAAAAAAGUAUUCAAAGCACGUGGUCAGACUCGGAUGUCUGUCUUCCUUGACCUUCCAUUUCCAUGUAUGAACAUUACAAAGAAAACCGAAAGUGACCUCCGUUAAGCGAACCGAGGCGAAACGUCCAUUUAGAAUAAUUCAAAACGCAGAAACUCAGAAGCCCAUGCGAAGGUUCUCAGAGCGGGAGCUACCUCUCUGUCGUGUCACCGCCGCGUUUUCUUUUCCUGUAUCACAUUUAUAUUCAACAACGCGUCUUGGGCUUUCCAUUUCCUUCAUCUUUCCAAAAUCUCUGAUCUUUCUUCAUUGUUCUACACUUUCUUCUUCAAAUCUUCAAUCACCCUCCUCUGGUCUGCACAGAAAGCUAGUCAUGUUUCUUUCUAGACAAGUUCUUUUGGUGCUCCUUUCGGUUUGCCUGCUUCUCUUUCCAAUCAAUGCAGUUCGAUCUUUACCCAACAAAAUUUUACAGAGUCGGUAUGGAAAACAGGUUGAAGAUGAAUCGGUUGUGCAAUUUUCAGAGGCCCCGGAAUACAGAAACCAGCAUAAGUGCCCUGUAAUUGACAGAAACAAUUUGGAAGUGGCAUGUGACUUAUCAUUGGUUCACAUUGCCGUGACAAUUGAUUGGGACUACUUAAGAGGAUCAGUUGCCGCAGUCCACUCUGUUCUCAGACAUACUUCUUGCCCAGAAAAUGUGUUCUUUCAUUUCAUUGCCUCAGAUUCAAGGUCAAAGAACAAGGAUGACUUUGAAGGAAUAGUUCAGUCCACCUUCCCUGCUCUGAGAUUCAAAGUCUACGUGUUCAGAGAAAGUCUCAUUAAGGAUCUUAUAUCUCCGACAAUACGCCAAGCUCUGGAGAAUCCGUUGAAUUAUGCUCGAAGUUACCUGGCUGAGUUGCUUGAUCCCUGCGUUGAACGAGUGAUCUAUUUGGAUUCUGAUGUUAUUGUUGUUGAUGACGUCCAAAAGCUAUGGAAGAUUUCAAUAAGUGGAUCAAAAGUCAUUGGGGCUCCAGAGUAUUGUCACGUGAAUUUCACCAGAUAUUUUAAAAAUGAAUUUUGGUCCAGUCCCGAGUUCUCAGACGUAUUUGCAAAAAGAAGGCCUUGCUAUUUCAACACAGGGGUGAUGCUAAUGGACUUAGCAAAAUGGAGAAAGGGAGGCUACACAAAGAAGAUUGAGAAGUGGAUGGAGAUUCAGAAGGAGAGAAGGAUGUAUGAGUUGGGAUCUCUUCCUCCAUUUUUGCUGGUUUUUGGUGGAGAAAUAGAGGCCAUAGAGCAUAGAUGGAACCAGCAUGGGCUUGGAGGAGAUAAUGUGGUGAGUAGUUGCAGGAGGUUGCAUCCUGGUCCAGUUAGUUUGCUCCAUUGGAGUGGUAAAGGGAAGCCAUGGUCAAGACUUGAUGCCAGGAAGCCAUGUCCUGUUGACUUUUUGUGGGCACCUUAUGAUCUCUACAAAUCCCAUACUCACCCACUUCUGUGACAACCGAAACAUCAGUCUGGGACUAAUUUUUGUUUUUGUUUGUGAUUCAUUUAUAAAUCGCCAAGAUUCUUUCAUUUGUAUAUACAGAGAGAGAGGAACAUGAAAAGAACGGUAUAUUAUGUAUUUUAUACUGUUUUUUAUGCACCUAGCGGUGUGGCAAUUCAGAGAAUCACGUGACUC